GCUAUAAUCAUUAUCAAAAGUCCAAAAGGAAUAUCACGCUUAGUCUUUGGAUUAUUGAUGAAAGUGAUAGGUCAAAUUUCCUCGUUUUAAUUUUAUUUUUAUUUUUGUUUUAACUCUAUAAUGAUUGAAGGAAAAGCGAAUGAACUACCCGACUUUCAAGUGUUCCGGACAGUAAUAAAAUACUGUUUGUUCAUUAUUAUUGUACCAGUGCUAUCAUUCUUCAUAGUCAAGAUUUUGCUUUUUGAUAGCCUGUUGCGUUUGGAGACUAUAACAAGCAGCGUUUACUCGGCUGUAGUAGCAGUAAUCGUUUUACAUGUAACUCUGGGUCUCUAUAUUUAUAGGGCAUAUAGUGAAACUGAUAAAGUGCCAGCUAAACCUGUAAAGAAAGAUUAA